AUGAAUUUUACUCCAAUUCGUACCCCUGUCUCCCGCAAAACAACUGUCCCUAAACAUGGAGCUGCCUGUGACUUGGGAAAUUCCACCACAUCUAGGGGAAUGUCCUUCUCAGAAUCAGUGGAUUUAACUCCGUUGCCAUCUGUCCAAGAACGUAUGGCCGUCCUCUGUCCUUCUCGAGAACUUCUGGAAUAUUACCAGAAGAAAAUGGCCGAGUGUGAGGCAGAAAAUGAGGGCCUGUUGGAGAAACUGGAACGCUACAAGGAACAGUGUGGAGUGCAGCAUAAACUGGAAUGGGAUUUGCAGCAGAGAGAGGAGGAGAUUGCUGAGUUGCAGAAAGCGCUAAGUGAUAUGCAGGUCUGCCUUUUCCAGGAAAGAGAACACGUGCUACGGCUCUACUCGGAAAACGACCGGCUGAGAAUCAGGGAGGUAGAAGAUAAGAAGAAGAUUCAGCAUCUCUUGGCCCUGGUGGGAACAGACACAGGAGAAGUGACCUAUUUUUGCAAGGAGCCUCCCCACAAGGUCUGGAUUCCCCAAAAGACAAUCCCGCCUGUAGGUACAUGUAAACAGAAUGAAUCUUCAGCUGUCACAGAUUCUAAAACAGGCCCCAAAAAGGCAGUAAUAAAAGGAAAGGAAGAAAAGUCUGAGACCCAUCAUAGAGACAUACAAGUACUUAUCUUACAGGUAGAAGCGCUGCAGGCUCAGCUGGAAGAACAGACGAAGCUUUCCAGGGAGCAAGUUGAAGGCCUCCUGGAGGACCGACGGAUCCGCCUGGAGGAAAUACAAGUUCAUCACCAGAAAAGCCAGGACAGAAUCAAAGAACUAACCAAAAGUCUCCAUCAUACCCAAGAACUGCUCUACGAGAGCACGAAAGACUAUUUGCAGCUCAGAUUUGAGAAUCAAAAUAAAGAGAAGUCGUGGAUGCUUGAAAAGGAUCAGUUAAUGGCGUCCAUUAAACAGUGCAAGGCACAUUAUAAGAAGAAAGAAGAGAAAGUUGGAAAAGUCAGACCAGCGGUACACGAGAGUCAUCAAAACCACAAUGAAUAUAUUAAGUCCCUGAAGGAUAAAAUAAUUCAAGAGAAAAGAAUGUCCAACAUGUACCAAGAGCAAUGCAUUUCUCUCGAAGAAGAACUUGCCCGGAUUCGUGAGGAAGAGGGAGUGAGGAGAGAGAUCUUUAAGGAUCGAAUGGCCAAGAUGGGGAAGAGUCUCCAAGUGAUGACAAAACGCUAUGAAGCCUUAGAGAAACGGCGAGUCUUAGAGGUGGAAGGCUUUAAGACAGAUAUAAAGGCUCUGCGGAAGAAACUGAAGGACUUGGAGCAAAUGCUCUAUAAGGCAUCCCUGAAAGAGCAGGCAGACAAGGAUAUUGCCCUUCUGUGUGAAGUUCGUGAUGGCAGUAGACGGGCUCAUAAAAUACAAGGAGAACUGAGGAACCUUAAAUUCAAAGUAUUGGGUCUGGAGAACGAACUGAGACUGUGUUGACAUUGACUUCUGCAAAUGCUUCUCAUCUGGACUGGAUUGCUCUUGACGCCUGUGAGAAAGUCACCUCGCCACGUCUGCUUACUGUGAUCCGACCUGGACCAAAAGUCAGAAAGCCUUUUUUGGUUUGCUUAAACUUUACCGUUUUCCUCAUUGUUGUGGUUCUUUGGAU